UUGAUGAUGCGAUCACACCAAGGGACUAAAGACUAAACCCGUUGCUGCUGCAAGGAUUUACUGAGCAGCCAACACUGGGGAGAGCAGCACUCAUGAGGGCCCUGUGGUGAGUUUCUGAGGCUAUUUUCAUUCAUUCAUUCACCUAUGAUGAACCCACAAUCUCAGUGAGGUCCUGCAGUUUUGGACCUGAUCCUGGUGGACUGGUGGAGGAUGCAACAGAGGAAAUGGUUGUAUGAAUUUUCACUGAAACUGACAGCCUAACACAUUGGGAGUUGGUGACUGGAAAAGGGAGGUGACCACGAACAGUCAUGGGAUGUGGUGUCACAAAGUCUGACCAGUUCCACAAACACCCCAGUAAAGCUGUCACAUCUAUAAAGGCUGCCAUCCUCAUUCAGCGAUGGUACCGUCAGUAUGUCGCUCGCACAGAAAUGAGGCGGAGGUACACCUGGCACAUCUUCCAGUCUAUCGAAUAUUCAGGCGAACAGGCCCAGAUAAAGCUUUAUAAUUUCCUUGGUUACCUCAUGGAUAACUUCACACCAUCAAGCAGUGAACGUAAUUUGAUUUCUCACAUCUUCCGAGAAAACGAAGUGUGUCGAGAUGCAGAGUGGGAGCGAUACUUCUGCUACAAGAACAUUGAGGUGCCAGACAUCUACUCGGGUCCUCACCUCACCUUUCCUCUGUCGGUGGAGCAGGCGGUCGGCCUGGUGCAGGCCUUCAGGGACAAAAAACAGUUGCACUCGCGUUACGUCCUCCAGCUCCUCUUAGAGACGUGGAAACUGCUCCGCAUGCUGCCAAAUAUCAACCGCAUCUCCACCUGCCACAGCAAGGAAAUCACCAUAUGUGGUGAUUUGCACGGCCAGCUGGAAGAUCUGCUGCUUAUUUUCUACAAGAAUGGGAUGCCAUCUUUAGACAAAUCGUAUGUGUUUAAUGGAGACUUUGUUGACCGAGGCAAAGACUCCAUUGAGAUCCUCCUCAUCUUAUUUGCGUUCCUGCUGGUUUAUCCCAGUGACGUACACAUGAACCGAGGAAACCAUGAGGACCAUAUUGUCAACCUGAGGUACGGCUUCACUAAGGAAGUGUUGACUAAAUACAAGAUGCAUGGAAAACGCAUCCUGAAACUGCUGCAGAAGAUUUUUAGCUGGUUGCCAUUAGCAACGGUCAUUGACCAGAAGGUUCUGGUCCUCCAUGGUGGGAUCUCUGACAGCACAGACCUCAGCCUCCUUGCAAGACUUGACAGACACAAUUACGUGUCAGCCCUGAGGCCUCCAAAGAGGAGAAACACGAGUUCAGCCGGGAUAUCUAUUGACUCAGACAUAGACGAAGACUGGUCCAACCACAAAGUCUUCCAGCGCCGGGCGUCAUUCACUUUCCCCAAACCUCUGGGAACCCGUAGCAGCUUUCAGAACCGCUCACUGCAGGACUUCUCUGACAGGAUCAAAGUGAACGUAGAGGAGGAGCUGGAAACGUGCAGACGGAGGUCGUACACUUUCAACGCUGGGAUUAACAGAGUGGAAAAAGAAAUGGCACCAUGCCCGUCCACUGACUCUGUGAACAGUGACAAUGCCAAGGAGGAGUGGAAACAGGUCCUGGACCUGCUGUGGAGCGACCCCAUGACUCAGGACGGCUGCGUACCCAAUGAAGUGAGGGGUGGAGGCUGCUACUGGGGCCCUGACAUCACCGACGAUUUCCUCAACAGACACAACCUGCAGCUCAUAAUCCGCUCGCAUGAGUGUAAACAGGAUGGAUAUGAGUUCUGCCACAACCGUAAGGUCCUCACUUUGUUUUCUGCCUCCAACUACUAUGAUGUGGGAAGUAACAGGGGAGCCUAUGUUAAGUUGGGUCCAGACCUUGUGCCUUAUGUGGUUCAGUACCAGGCCAGUAGCAUGACCAGAGAGCUCACCGUGAGACAAAGUGUGGGACGAACAGAACGCUCAGCCCUCAAAGUCCUACGGGAGCAGUUGUUUGCGCACAAGUCUGACCUCAUCAGUGCCUUUAAAACAUUUGACAGCGAAAACACAGGUCUCGUGUCUCUGACUGACUGGGCCUCAGUCGUGGAGAGCGUGAUGCACCUCGGUCUACCCUGGAGGAUGCUCCGCUUUCAGCUUGUCACCUGCAAAACCAGUGACGGCAUGAUCGACUACAAUGAAUGGUUCAACGAGCUCGCCAUCAAAGCACCCAACACUGAUAACAUUGAACAGGGUUUGUUGGAAACGUUGUAUCGUCACCGGUCCACUGUGGAAACCAUCUUCAGAAUAGUAGAUACAGACAACUCAGGUUUUAUUACUAUUGAGGACUUCCGGCAGACAUGGAAACUGCUGAGCAUCUAUCUGAAGAUGGAGUUCACUGAUGAAGCCAUCUCUGACCUGGCCGUCACCAUUGACGUCAACCAGGAUGGCAACAUUGACAUUGAUGAGUUUAUGGAAGCCUUCCGCCUCACAGACAAAAAGAGCCGCCUGGAGAGAGGUCGCAGCAUGUUUAUGGGCACAGCCACUGACCUCACCAAACUAGAGGGAGACCCCGACAUCUGAAGGUGCUGGACAGAGACGUCUUACUGACUCUUACCAAGUCGAGGAGUGAAAGGGAGGGUGGGGAAAUCCUGCCAAUGCAAGCUGCUUUAAUGACGCACAUUGAGAUGUAGGAUCACAGACGCACAGAUCAUAUGGGAUUAGAUGGAGGUCAGAGUUCAGAGGUCAGCAGUGACUGUUUUUUGGAUUUUCUGAAGGAGAUAAUUUUCUACAGAGGAAGUAUUAAAGGAAGUGAAAUACUGUGUAACUGCAGGAACAAGAAAAAGGGACCGUUUUGAAAAAUUUGAAAUGCUAGAUU